AUGGCCGAGGUCCUAGAGGAGUUCAUCACUCUGACGCCCUUGACUUGUGUGCAACAGUGCAAUGCCUUGCUAGGAGCCACAUCAGGAAAACCGAGGAGCUGCUUUGUGUUUUUCACUCUUUUUGGCGUAUACUGCGGGGUCCUCGUCCUUCGUGCAUAUCGAACAUAUUCCUCGAAACAAGGAGGAGAUGGGGAGAAGAUAUCAGAGGGAGUCACACUUGAGGCAAAAGCAGAUGAUCUGAACUUAGAACCAGGUCCGAGCCCAGUGAAAGAAUUUGUGGAUCAAGCGAAGCCGAUCCUGUUGCAGCCCAUAGAGUUUUCCAGCACUGACAUGCGAUGGCGCUAUUGCAACCACAUGCCUCAAGCUGAUCUAAAACAAGGCCCAGAUAGUGAUGACGAAGUACCCGAGAAGAAUGGCCAUGAUGAAUUCGAUAAAAAUACUAAUGUGGGGGACAACGAUGACCCCGAAGCCCCGACAGUAUCAGAGGCCACUUCCACAUCGAGGGCAAUGUCUCGGGCGCAUGAGGAUAUUGUCGAUGGAGAACAUGCCGAGGCCAAAACCUUUUCGGUGUGAUGCCCCAAUGCUCAUUGGCUAACAAAUUUAUCGUUUGAUCGAUAAUAAA